AUGCCCCGUGGAUGCCAGUCUGGAGUGCCCGUUCAGGGAGCUCGCCGCGUCUGCAACUUUUCCGUGGACCUGGGUGCACCAGCACACAUCGUCGACGACCGCUUUGUUUCGUUCAACCUGGACGCCGCGCUCUUCCGACGAUCGUGGGACUGGCUAGAGCUUGACCUCGAGAACCCUCGCUUGCUGGCACUGUGUCGAUCCCUGGCGCCGAGCGUACUCCGUGUCGGAGGCACCACGAGCAACCUGCUGCUGUUCAGUGAGAAGAACCGCACCACGCCGGACCCGGUGCGCGACUGGCAGAACAACGUGCUCUACCCGGAGUACAAGGGACCGCUCGUCAUGCAUGGCGACGACUGGAUUCGUCUGAACUCGUUCGUGAAGGCCGUCGGCUGGGAGCUUCUGUUCAGUCUCAAUGGACUGAACAGGCGCAGCGGAGCCUGGGACUCAUCGAACGCCGUGCGCCUGUUGCGGUUCAGCGACUUGCUCAAGCUUAAGGUGCACUGGCAGCUCGGAAGUGAACUGGAGGCCACCGGUUUGGUGCAUGCGGAUGAGCUGGCUCGCGACUACAGUGCCCUGCGGCACCUGCUACUCUUUUGGCCGGCGAAGGGCAACCUUGUGGGUCCAGACAUUGGAGACACCUCACCGGAUGCCCUCGCAUUCCUCGACGGCUACCACCACCGGAACCCCACAGGAACUGUGGCCGACAUCCUGAAUGGAACAACGCUCCGUGGCCUCUCGGACGGCAUCCAGCAGCUGUGGUCGGUGCUGAAGCGAAACGGACUGCACAAGUCGCUCUGGAUCACCGAGACCGCGUCUGCCGCCGGUGACGGACUGCUCGCCAUCUCGGAUACAUACGCUUCGUCGCUCGUCUGGCUUGACACUCUGGGCACGGCCGCCAGGCAGGGCGUUUCAGUGGUGUUCCGCCAGGACCUGGUGCAGGGCAACAACCGGCUGCUUGCCGACGACGAGUUCCGACCGCUGCCCGACUACUGGAUCAGCCUGGUGCAUAAGCGGCUGGUCGGCACUCGUGUGCUCCAGCUGCGCACACAACCCAAGGAUGACGCGGUGCGUCUGUACGCCCACUGCCUCAGGGAUGGAGCCAUCAAGCUGCCUCAAGCGUACAUCGCUGCCUCUGUUAAUUUUGUAACCUUCCUGGAAGUUCAGACAUCAAGUGAAGUCAAGCGAAAUUUCAUGUACAACAUGAACAAGUACAUUGUUAAAGGCCACACUAGCAAGAAAGCCGGUCACCGUGGCGGGGUCAUCGUGUUCGGCCUGAACCUGUCCAACGAGACGGCCGUGCUAUCGGCCAUGGAUCCCGAGCUGCAGGCGAGUCACGUAAUGGCUUACGCGGUGGGACCCGACCCCGCCGGAAACCUGGUGGCGGAGGACGUGCUGCUCAACGGACGUCGCCUGACACUCAGCGAGUCUCUCCGCUUUCCGGACAUCGUGCCGGCCGUCCUCCAUCCUCGGCAGUCCAUGUCGAUCAGCGCUUAUUCUAUGGCCUUCUUCGUUUUCGCUGACUACAAGGCGCCCGCCUGCACAGGAACCUUCUGA